UCGACGGGUCUGACAAUUUGUCUUAACCGGUAGGUGCCACUGAUCGCCGGAGCUUCAAUCAUCUUCCUCGUCGGUUUAAUUAUAUAUUUCGGUAAAUGAACUCGGAGCGUCGAUGAUGACAAGCGUAUCUCAUAUCUCUAUUGGGAGUUUGAGACGCUUUAGCUCUGCUUCACCUUCUGCACUGAAACACGAACUUGUUAAAGGAUUGCGUACGUUAGUGAGCUCCGGUGAUCUCCGACGAGCUUUUUCCUUGUUCUAUUCUGCGCCGGUCGAGAUUCAGUCCGAGAAGGCUUACGCAGCUCUGUUCCAAGCAUGUGCAGACCAACGAAAUCUCCGCCAUGGCGUUAGCUUACAUCACCACAUGCUUUCACAACCUAAUUCUUAUUCCCAGAACAUUUUCCUCUCUAACCACCUCAUCACCAUGUAUGCGAAAUGUGGGAAUAUCCUAUACGCACGCCAAGUGUUUGAUAAAAUGCAUUACAGGAAUGUAGUUUCGUGGACUUCACUGAUUACAGGCUAUGCGCAGGCAGGGAACGAGCAGGAAGGAUUCUGUCUUUUGUCGGCUAUGUUAGCUCAUUGCUUACCUAACGAGUUUGCGUUGUCGAGCGUGUUGACUUCGUGCUGGUAUAAGCCUGGCAAGCAGGUACAUGGGCUUGCUUUGAAACUGGGUUUGCAUUGUAAGAUUUAUGUAGCGAAUGCGCUUAUCUCUAUGUACGGUAGGUGUCGUGAUGUUGCCGCAGCAUAUGAGGCUUGGACUGUGUUUGAGGCCAUGGAGUUUAAGAAUUUGGUUGCUUGGAACUCAAUGAUUGCAGCUUUUCAGUGCUGCAAUCUCGGGAAACAAGCCAUUGGUGUUUUUAUGCGGAUGCACAGUGAUGGAGUCGGAUUUGAUCGUGCCACGUUGCUGAAUGUAUGUUCUUCCUUGUACAAAAGCUCUGACUUGGUUCCUGAUCAGGUUUCGAAGUGUUGUCUGCAGCUGCAUUCUCUGACUGUAAAGUCUGGGUUUGUAACUCAGACUGAAGUGGCUACUGCGUUGGUUAAGGUUUAUUCAGAAAUUUUAGGGGACUUUAGUGAAUGCUACAAGCUUUUUAUGGAAAUGAGCCACUGUAGGGACAUUGUUGCUUGGACUGGGAUUAUCACAGCGUUUGCAGUGUAUGAUCCAGAGAGGGCUAUUCAUCUCUUCGGUCAGUUACGUCACGAGAAUCUAAGUCCUGACUGGUAUACUUUCUCAUGUGUACUAAAAGCGUGUGCGGGACUUGUUACUGCUCGCCACGCUUUGACUAUACACGCUCAAGUCAUUAAAGGUGGUUUUGGUAAUGAUACGGUGCUGAACAACUCGUUAAUCCAUGCGUAUGCCAAGUGUGGCUCACUUGACUUGUGUAAGCGUGUAUUUGAUGAUAUGGAUUCGCGAGAUGUGGUGUCCUGGAACUCAAUGCUCAAGGCUUACUCGUUGCAUGGCCAGGUAGACUCAGUUCUACUAGUCUUGCAGCAAAUGGACAUCAAGCCCGAUUCAGCUACCUUCAUAGCCCUUCUCUCGGCUUGCAACCACGCUGGACGAGUAGAAGAAGGAAUGAAAAUAUUUAGAUCCAUGUUCGAGAAACAGCAAACUCUUCCUCAGCUAAAUCAUUACGCUUGUGUAGUCGACAUGCUAGCUCGAGCUGAGCGUUUUGCUGAGGCAGAAGAGGUAAUAAAGCAGAUGCCAAUGGACCCAGAUGCUGUAGUUUGGAGUGCACUAUUGGGAUCAUGCAGGAAGCAUGGUAACACCCGGUUGGGUAAGUUAGCGGCAGAUAAGCUGAAAGAGCUAGAACCCACAAACUCAUUGAGUUACAUCCAGAUGUCAAACAUAUACAGUGCAGAAGGUAGCUUUAACGAAGCUGAUAAAAGCAGGAAGGAGAUGGAGACAUGGAGAGUGAGGAAAGAACCAGGCUUGAGCUGGACCGAGAUAGGAAACAAAGUUCAUGAAUUCGCAUCGGGAGGACAACACCGUGGAGACAGGGAAGCCAUAUACAAGGAGUUGGAAAGGCUGAUUGGUCGGUUAAAGGAGAUGGGUUAUGUUCCAGAGAUGAGGUCAGCUUUGCAAGAUAUAGAUGAAGAGGAACAGAAGGAAGAGCAUCUGUUGCAUCACAGCGAGAAACUGGCUUUAGCGUUUGCGGUGAUGGAGGGAAGAAAAAGAUCAGAUGAUGGUGGUGGUGGUUGUGUGAAUUUGAUACAGAUAAUGAAGAACAUAAGGAUCUGCAUUGAUUGCCAUAACUUUAUGAAAUUGGCUUCUAAGCUUUUGGGAAAAGAGAUUCUUGUGAGAGACUCGAAUCGGUUUCAUCAUUUCAAAGAUUCUUCCUGCUCCUGUAAUGACUACUGGUAAUCGCCGACAAUGAAGGCCCAAGGAGCUAUUUCUUGAGUCUUGAGAUUUGAAGUCAGAUUUUUAAUGUUACUUUCAUCUCAAGACAAGGACAAGGACUGAUUUGGCAAAUAAAUAAAAUUAAAAAAAAACGAGUGAGAAAAGACUGUUGUGUUGUGUAAUUAAUGAAAAAAAAAGAAAGAAAAAUCAAACAGACAAGUUGCCGAGAGAGGUGAGAGAGGUGAGGGGAAGAAGACGAUCUGAUCUUCGAUCCAGAGUCCAGACUUCGGCUUCUAUCCGCCAUCGUCUUCCUCCUCGAUUCUGGUUGGAUUAGUAAUCGUCUCUCCGCUUUGUUCG